AUAGCCAAUCUAAACUCAACACCACCAAGGCAUGGUUAGAAAAUAAAUAGAGUUAGCAGAAGGGAUGGGAAAGGAGAAAAAUAGUAAAAAUGAAAAAGGGAAAUGUUAGUUAAUAUUAAAAAACAAGAAGGGUAGGUCCCACCAUAAACAGUUUAUUUCGGCCGUCUGCUUUGUCGUCUCUUUCGUCUCCGUUCUUCUCUCUCCGUCGUUCCUGUUUGACUCUCCCUCACUUGCUUUUAAUUUAUGUAUUUGGACUCUCCUUUGUCUAUCCAUAUCUGUGUAAGUGUAACAUAGGUAGCUUCAUUCAUCUUUCUCUGCCUUUUAUUUAUUUUUUAAUUUCAUCAGAAAAACAAGUGUCUUUUCUUGUUCGCAACUCUUAACGAGGAAUCAAUUCAUAUAAACCAUUUUAAAGUACUAAAAAAGUGGAGAGAGGGGAAGGUUUUCUUUCCUACAACUUCUGUUCAAUAGUUAUGAGGGCGUUUAUUCUUUGAAGAUCACAUUGAUUUCUGAGUUCUUCUAAGGCCUCUGUUAGCUCUUGGCUUUUCCCCCCCUUAAACUAUGGCUGGCAGUAAUGAAGUCAACCUUAAUGAAUCUAAGAGGGUUGUUCCACUUAAUACAUGGGUUCUCAUUUCCAAUUUCAAACUAGCUUACAAUCUCCUUAGACGACCUGAUGGAAGCUUUAACCGGGAUUUGGCUGAGUUUCUUGAACGUAAAGUCGCAGCCAACAUCAUUCCGGUGGAUGGGGUUUACUCAUUUGAUCAUGUGGAUCGAACUACUGGUCUUCUUAAUAGAGUUUAUCAACCUGCCCCAAAGAACGAAGCUCAGUGGGGCAUUGUCGAGUUGGAAAAGCCCCUGAGCACCAGCGAGAUUGUGCCUGUUAUUGUCUUCUUCCAUGGUGGAAGCUUUACACAUUCUUCUGCCAAUAGUGCUAUUUAUGACACUUUCUGCCGCCGCCUUGUUAGUACUUGCCAUGCUGUAGUGGUCUCUGUAAAUUAUCGUAGAUCACCUGAGUAUAGAUGUCCUUGUGCAUAUGAUGAUGGUUGGACUGCUCUUAAGUGGGUUACGUCAAGAACUUGGCUUAAAAGUGGAAAAGAUUCGAAAGUUUAUGUUUAUUUAGCUGGAGAUAGUUCAGGUGGUAAUAUAGCUCACCAUGUUGCAGUUAGGGCAGCUGAAGCUGAACCCAAGAUUGAAGUACUGGGGAAUAUUCUACUUCACCCAAUGUUUGGUGGAGAAAAGAGGACUGCAUCAGAGAACAAAUUGGAUGGCAAAUACUUCGUUACAAUACAAGAUCGCAAUUGGUAUUGGAGGGCUUUUCUUCCCGAGGGAGAAGAUAGGGAUCAUCCAGCAUGUAAUCCAUUUGGUCCUCGAGGUAAAAGCCUUGAAGGCCUUAAGUUUCCCAAAAGCCUCGUUGUUGUGGCUGGUUUUGAUCUUCUUCAAGACUGGCAAUUGGCUUAUGUUGAAGGGCUGAAGGAAGCUGGUCAUUAUGUGAAUCUCCUUUUCCUGAAGGAGGCCACAAUUGGGUUCUACUUCUUGCCAAAUAAUGAUCACUUCUAUUGCCUCAUGGAGGAGAUAAAGAAGUUUGUGAAUCCUAACUGUUAUUACUCUUCUUAACUCUAACUACAGUGAUUGUGUGUAGUUAUAAGAUUGUGUAGUAUUAUUACUUCUUACUGUGUUACCAUUUGUGGUGGUGUUAUAAGAGUUCUGCAUCUUUGGCAACUGGUUGUUCUUGUUGUGGAGAAGAGAGCUUUUGGUUGGUUAUAUAGAUGGGGAAAGGAAAUCUAUUCAGGGACUACCAGUUUCAGUGGAUCAGAUUUUAUUAACUUGAUUUGGCUGAACCACCAGGAAAUGCAACUUACCCUUGUUAACGGGGACAAAUGAAGUGUGGGGUACUAUUGGAUGGUUAAUCAAUUAGUUAUAGUAUUGUUGGUAAUUGUAAGCACCAAUUUCAAGACAUGAACCGGAAAAAUAUAUAUCCAUCUUGUUAUGGAUUUGUAUGUUAUACGAAUUAUAUAAAGAAAUUUGUUUGUAGUA